AUGGGGCAAGCAUGCCAGCGCCGGUCUCGCGAAGAACUGCAGCCGAAGCAGUCGCCUAUGCCGGCACAGGCUGCCCCGGAGCUGGUGGUAAAGCAGCAUGACCCAAAGAGGUACAACAACGACUACUCGCGGUUUGCGAAUAUCGAAGACUCCGAAGAGGAGGAAGAGCCGCAGUCCACAGGCGUCAACACGGCUGAGGAACUGGCCCCGCCAGAGCCGCCGGAGAUGGGGAAGAUGAACCCGACGCAGGACUACCUUCCGUGUGCAGGCUUCUUGUCGGAUAUGCGGAGGCAAAGUCGCAGUUGGGGAUCUAAUUUGGGAUGGUUUAGCUGGUAA